GGCAUCAGAGUGAAGUCCACAAACUGCACAUUUCAUCAGCUGCACUUCCUGAUGCGUGUGCACUUGUCUCUUCAUUAGCACUCGAGACAGCUCUGCACGUCCCAUGCAUUUCUCUACAUGUGUCUUGCUGAGCAGAUAAAAGCAGACUCAUGCCACGGUUGUAGCAUUUUCUCUGGAUCCAGUGGACACGUUUGUCUCCUCUGCACACACAGGACAAAUGGACAAAGCUUCAGGGAAAGCACAGGUGGAAAGUGGACAAAUUAUUUCUCCAAACACUCGAAGAUCUUUCAGUUUUUCAUCUCUUCGUAUCAAAAAACGGCACAACAGUGAGGACGAGGGUGGAUUUGAGCGCCGGAGGGGGUUGAGAUCUUUCUCAUCAGCUCGAGAAUCAUCCAGAAACGGUGUUGAGCAAUCUGAUGGUCGAUGGGAGGUAACUAUUUCUGAGUCUGCCUGUCCUACAGCAGAUCCUGUGGAAUCUCCUACCAGACGCCAACCGGUUGAACAGACCAGAUUAUUUUCCAAAGACGAAGCGGGUCCUGCAGAAGUCAGUCGGGUUCAAGAGCUGCUGAAAAAAUUUGGUGAGCAGCCCAAAGAGAACCUCGCCACCGCCGAUGUGCCUGGAAAACGCUGUGCAACACCACCAGGGGACAAUGAUGGACGACCAGGGGCCCUCAAGCGGUUCAGUGCUAUGUGGCCAUCGUUCCGCAAAGGCAGAAAGGACAAAAUCAAAGAGCCUGAUCUUGCAGAGACGAGGGAGAACCUGCCAGUCCUGGACAAUGUGCCCAUCCAGCCCCGCCGUGUCAGUGGCCAGUACUUCUUUGAGUAUCUAGUGGUGGUCAGCCUGAAGAAGAACAAAGAUGGCAGCAACUAUGAGCCUCAAAUCACCUACCAGUUUCCUAAGAGAGACGUCAUGGCCAAAUAUCAGAAGGAGGAAGAGGAGAAGACCUUAAAGGCAAUCACACUGUUUUGUUUCCCAGAGGGCAUCAGUUGGGCUCCUUUGACAGAGUACCCCAGUGAGACCUUCUCCUUUGUUCUGACUGAGAUCGACGGCAGUAGACGAAACGGAUACUGCAGGAGAUUACUGCCAGGAGGAAGAGGAGCUCGACCUCCAGAGGCUUUCUGUAUCAUCAGUUCGCUGGCCUGCUUCGGCCUCUUCUCCAAGAUAUUCGAUGAAGUGGAGAAGCGUCGGCAGAUCUCCAUGGCCUUGAUCUACCCAUUCAUGCAGAAGCUGAGAGAGGCUUCAUUCCCGGCUCCAGGACAAACAGUGGAGAUUAAGAGCUUCAUUCCUGAGUCGGGCACUGAGAUCAUACACUUGACCCGACCGUUGGAUUCUUGGCUGGAACACGUCAACUUCUGCACUCUGUUCCACUGCCUGACAGACGAGGAGGUGUUGCAGGUGUUUGCUGCUGCCGUUCUCGAGAGACGGAUCAUUUUCUUUGCAGAUGAACUAGGCACAUUAUCUCAGGUCCUUCAUGCAGUAGCAGCCCUCCUUUAUCCUUUCUCCUGGCAGCACACCUUCAUCUCCAUCGUUCCAGAAAUCCUGAUCGACGUGGUGAUGGCGCCCACCCCCUACCUGCUGGGGGUCCAGAAGCGCCUGCUGGACCUGGUCACCGACCAGAGUGACCUACUGCUGGUUGACCUAUCGAAGAAUAAGAAGAAGACUUUUCUGGUGACUAUUGGUGAUGAGGAUUCAAUUGUUCCCCCGAAGCUUCAGGCAGAAAUACUGGACGCUUUGAGUCAGAGGAAAAAGGUGUCAGAUGUAGAGGAGGCGAAGAAGGUGGAGGAGGUGAACCGGGUGGUGUCUGAAGCCUUCCUCCAUUUCUUUGUCAGGACAGUCGGCCAUUACAGCUCCUACAUCAAGUACACAAAAGGCGGUCCUGGCGUGUUUGAGAAAAGACGCUUCUACAAGGCCAUCGAGUCCAAGACGACUCGACACUUUGUCAAGAAGUUCAUCCAGACGCAGAUGUUUGACCUGUUCAUACAGGAGCUGGAGCAGCAGCAGCCGUCAGGACAGCAGCAAGGUAUAUUUCACAGAAAGAUCACUGAAUAUCAGAAGAAGAAAAACGAGAAAACAAAGAAACACUAGCUGACACUUUGGGACUCUGGGUGUAGAUAUAAAUAUGUAUAGACAUAUAAGUAUUUCAAGACCUUCAUAGGAAAAGAUGUGAAUAUUGCACUGUGUUUUUUUUUGUAAUUAUUUUUAAGUUUGCUUUUAAAUAAUUAUGUUCCAAAGUGUGAAUACUGUAUGACUGUGUUGCUGCUACUCACAGUGUCAAACACUGGUGUAUGGGAGAGUGGUGUUCUCAGCCUGUGGCCUCCAUGGCGGUGCUGAUGAACAGGAAAAUCAUUUCCAAUAAAGAUUAGUUUAAGUCCA